AUGACGUUUGAAAAACUUCCAAGUGCCACCGUCAAAUUAUUGACAAGUUCUCAAGUAAUAACCUCGGUAUCAACAGCAGUUAAAGAAUUAUUAGAAAAUUCAAUUGAUGCUGGCGGGAAAAUAAUUCAAGUUAGAUUAGAAAAUUAUGGUUUAGAUUUAAUUGAAGUUAAAGAUAAUGGUUUAGGAGUCUCGUACGACAAUGUGCAGAAAAUGUUUCUACCGGGAUACACAUCUAAAAUUAAACAAUUUGAAGAUUUAGAUACAUUGAACACUUAUGGUUUUCGAGGAGAAGCAUUAGCUGCUAUUUGCAAAUUAUCAAAAGUUUCAAUUUCGACAAAAACAUCAACUGAUACAUUAGCAAUGACAUACAUCAUCGAUGAAAAUGGUGUCCCACUAUCUUCUAAACCUACACAUUUAAAUAAUGGAACUUCGAUUACCAUCACAAACUUAUUUUCUAAUUUACCUGUUAGGAAAUCAUAUUUAUCGGUUAAAAAAAGAUUAGGAGAUGAUUUAAAAAAAACAGAACAGAUAGUUCAAUCUCUAUCUCUGAUUCAUCCAGAACUAAAUGUUUCUUUAAUACAUAAUAAAUGUAUCGUUUGGAAAAAAAAUUCAGUCAAAGGAUUAAAACAGUCGUUUAUGCAAGUUGCCAGUUUAAAAACAGUCAGUAAAAUGGAUCACAUAAGUAAAUUAAUAAAUAAUAUUAACAUUGAAUUAAUUGUUCCGAAAAAAAAUUUAGAAAAUGUCGAUGAUAUUUUUACAAAUUCAUCGAAUGGAAUUUAUGUUUAUGUUAAUAAAAGGCCUGUAACAUGUUCAGAAUUGUCACAGCCCAUUCAAGAACAUAUUUUUUAUCAUUACUCGAAAUUAAAUUUAACAUAUAAAUAUUCAAUAGUAUUAUUAUCAAUCGAUAUGCCUUCACAAGAAAUUGAUGUCAAUUUAGAACCGAACAAAACAAAAAUUCUUUUAAAAAAUAAAAUGUAUUUAAUUAAUUGCAUCGAUGAUAUUUUAUCAAAUUAUUAUAAUAAUGGUAAUUUUCAUUGUUCAGCUCUUAUCGAAGAUUUAGUUAAUGAAUCAUUUACAGUAAAUAACACUAAUGAAAUAUCACAAACUCACAAUGAUGAUGAUGAGAUUUCUAAAGAACGUCAAAAUAAAAAGCUUAAAUUGGAUGUGGAUGAAAUAACCGAACCUGUCGUUAAAAAAAUUAAUAAUGAUAAUAAUGCUAAUUGUACAGAAUCAGUUAAUAAAUGGACGGUUGAAAUAAUUAAUGAAGAUAUUGAUUUGCAAUCAUCUGAAGUAAGGGAUAAAGAAGACAAUAACGAUCAUCACAUGAGUUUAUGCUCUCAAAUAAAUAAAGAAAAUUGCAUUUUGACAACGGAUGAUGAAGUAUCAAAAUUAAAUACCGUAUUAAAUGAAAAAAAUUACAGAAUGAUCACGUCGGCAAAUAGUAAAAAUUGCAUGACAAGACUAAUAGAAAGAAACGAUUUACAAAGUCAAAUUUCAGAGUGUAAAAUAUUACCAGAAUGGCCGAAAAGAGAGAAUUUAAAUUUAACAUCGAAUGAUGUGGAUUUGUUUUCAAACGAAGAUGGUGGGAAUGUGAUAGAAGAAGAAAGAAAUGGUAACGAGGAAAAGGAAAAAACAAAAACGGUUGAAGAAAUUGUGAGGGAAAUCGAAAUGGAUGCGGAAAAAUGGAGUCGGAAUGUUAUGGAAGGGGGGGAAAACAAAAAAGAUAGAGACAUUAAAACUGAUAGGGAGGAUGAUGUUGAUAAAAAUAUUUUGGAUUUUAACACGACAAUACAAAACAUAAGUAAUAGAAUGAGUAAAAAAGAAAUGAAAGCAUUUACAAAAUUUGCAAGAAUAAUGCGUCCUAAAAUUUUAAACGAAUAUCCAAAAUUGGCAUUCACUCAGGUAGCUAAUCUACUAGCUGAAAGAUGGAAAGCAUUGAGUCCGGCAGAAAUGAAAAAUUAUGAAAAAAUACCCGAUAUCGGAUCCUACGGGAAAAUUUUUAACGAAGAAUGCGAAAGGAAAGAAAAAGCAGACGACGAUAAGAAGGGAAUGAUAAAUAUAAAUAAAUCAAAAGAUGAUAAUUUGAAAUUACUUUUUGAAAAAAUAAAAAGAAAAAAUAAAAUAAAUCGACCGCAGCGAAUGGAAAAAACUAUUCCGACAUCUAUGAAAAAAAUAAAAGAUUAUGUCGAUGAAAAUGGCGGCGACGAUGGCGACGACGAGGAGUAUAAAAUCAUUGGACAACUUAAACCGAGUGGAAAUUGGUUGUAUUAUUUAAAGAGUAAAAAAGAAAUAGGACACAUUCGACACGGGGGGCUAAACGAAAUUAUAACACAUCAGAAAAUGUUAUCCAACGCUACGGUACCCAGAAUGAUUUUAAACAAACCGAUACUAAUCGACGAAGAAAUAUUAGGGGGAGCAUUAUGGAGAGUUUUGAUGUCGUUGACGUCAUCGACGGAGGAGAAGGAAACGACAAUUCGUUUGAUAACUGAUGACGUCAUAGUUAAAAACGGAUUUAAAAUAGAAUUGGAGAGGAUAAAUACAACGGAUUGGAUGGGUAGAAUAACGGAAGUGGCAUCGACGAUACCUCAUUAUGGAAUAACGGAUUUGAAGGAUUUACUCGUUUUAUUAUUGAAAAAUGGAGAAGUUGCGGGUUUGGCAAAUUUGAGACCGAUUUCCGUCGUUAAUUAUUUCGCGAGCGAAUCAAUACGAUCAAUUCAACAAAUAAUACCGAAUCGUGAGGAAAUGCAAGAAAUGAUAAACACUUAUCAUCUUUGCUUACGUCACUUACCACCGAUUUGCCUUCAUAAAAAAGAAAUUUUUUCUCCCGUUUAUGUAAUGCGAUAG